AAGCGCAACACUCAGCAGCAUUUAAAGCUAAGGGAUCGAUCGUUAGCAUGACGCCUACCGACUGUGACGCGACGGCGCUGCACUGGGUCAAGCUGCGCACUAUGCAGGUCUUCUGGCCCGCAUGCGUGUAUAAGAGCUACUCGGCCGCUGUGGCGCACACGCACGACGUGUUGUCGCUGCGUAACGACAAACCCGCGCUGGAUGCCGAGGACCGCCUCCUCUACUUCUUCGGCGUGGGCCCGCGAGCCUGCCACGUGGUAGCGACGGGCUCUGCGCCCAACCUUCAGCUGUGCGUGGUACACGAAGACGACCUCACACUGGAGCCCUGGAUGACCGCCGGGGACUUCCCCGAGCUCUGUGAUAAGCACCAAAUACCCGAGGAUAUCGUCACACGCGCACAGAACAACGCAUGCUUUCUACGUGCCUGCGAGGAGGUCUCGACAUUCGCUCGUGACGUGCACACCGACGAGCAGGCUAGCGAGCUGUUCGUGACGUUUUUGACAAUGGCCAAGAAGGCCCACGAGACCGGCAAGGCUGUCGAGAAGAAGUCAGCCGACGUGUACAAGCUACUCAAGACGCCGGCCAUGACAGCGAUGGUGGCGAAGUGCUGGCAGCAGAUGCUGGAGACUGGCUGGGAGACGAUGACACAGGGCGACGGACAGGUGCUGUACAAGAUGCCAGGCACGAGCUUCUUCGAUUUUGUCCCGAACGUCAACCUCUUCGACUCGCUCGAGAAGGCUUGUGGACGGUACUUGAGCGACUGGGUCAAGUCAACGGCUGUUGACGACUCUAGUGAGGAUUUCUCCGAGCUGACGGAGUUCCUGUGGCCCAUGGCGGCGGGGAGUGGCUGGGAGAGCAUGGUGACAAACACCGAGACGCUGUACAAGAAGGCAGACUUGCCGUUCGACCAAUGGGUACCCAAUGUGACGAUCUUCCGCUCUAAAUCUCAAGCCGUGGCCAAGUAUCUGGAGGAGUGCGGACUUAUUAGCUCCACUAGCGACAACACCUGUGAAACGCAGGACAUUGUGGAAGAUGCUGCUGACUCGGACGUCGAGAUGGAGGAGCCGGAAGAGUCUGACGCUGAGAGCGAGGAAGAAUUGAGUCAAAUGGCUGAGGUUGAGUCCGAUGACGGUGACGAAUCUGCGAGCGAAGAGGAAGAUGCCGAGCAGGACAACCAAGAAGAAGAGGAUGUUCCUGCUGCUCCUGCGAAGAAGACAGCACGUAAAAAGACUGUGGCAAAGGCCUCGACCAAGCCGCAACCCACCAAGACUGUCGCGAAGCAACCAGCUAAGCCAGCCAACCAGGUGCAGAAAAAGCCGAAGCCAGAUAUCCCUCCGUUCAAGAUGGCGUUCGGAAAGCUUGAGAGCGAGCUGAAGCGCCGUGGAUGGUACUGGAAGAAUGGAGGUCUGCAGUGGAACUACUACCAGCCUUACUGCAAGUCAAAGGACAAAAAAACUCUUAUCGCUAACGAGGACUACUUCUGUGGUCGGGAGCAGCUUGAAGCGUAUUUGGAGCGCAUGAAGACCUCAGUAAAGCCCCCAGCCCGUACCAAGAAGCAUACGCCAAAGCCAGCCCCCAAGCGAAGCGUCCGUGGUCGAUCCAAAUCUGUGAGUCGCUUCCGACGUGCUCGCUCCAAGUCAACAGCUCGGGGAUCUGCUGGCUUGUCGUCCCAAACUACACUUGCAGAGGUCAAAUUCGGCGAGAUUUGGCGUGUUCUGUCGGACGAUGGCUGGCAUUACCGCUAUGGUGUCCUCGAAUGCGACUACUUUAAGCCUCACUGCGCCACCAUCAAGGACGGCGUUCCAGGAAUCGACUACUUUCAGACGAAGGACCAAUUGAUCGAGUACUUGCAAACCAGUGGACUCUGGGACAAGACGGCAGCGCGUGUGCGAGCUGAAGCUGCUAUGGACUCGGACGAAUUCAUGGAGGAUAGUGAUCCCGAGACGGCAACCCCCGUCCAGAAGAGAAAGCGCGAGGAAAGCACCCCUGCCCCACAGCGUGAAGCCAAGAAACAAAAGGAUGCUUUCCAAACUCCAAUUGACAAGCGAUUGGCAACAGCAGAUCUCAGUGACGAUGAAGACAUGGAUACCAUUUCACCUGAUGCUGCAGGAGUGAAGAGCAAGGAGAACAACGGAACCGGUCGACAGCCACUCCGCAAUCUCGCAAACAGUUUCACUCCCGCCAUCCUGAAGCUCACGUCGUCGUAUAUCCCAACCAAGCUCCGUCACCGCGAGAAGGAGUUCGCAGAGAUUUACAAGUUCUUCGCUGAUUGCUUUAACGGAGAGGAGAAGACCAGUUUGUAUAUCUCUGGAGCACCAGGGUGCGGCAAAACUGCUCUGUUGAAGGCGACUCAAUCGGAGAUUGACGAACUCUACCAGGAAUGCUGUUCUGAGCAAGCAAAGGAGCCUGUUCGUUGCCAUGUCAACGCCAUGGCUCUUGCUGACUCGUCAGCUCUUUUCUGUAAACUCGCGGGAGCUCUUACGAAGAAGUCGUUCUCAGCAGGAAACGAGGCUUUCGAAGCUAUCGAGCGCGCCACAAACCGCGAGCUCAAGUCCUCCAAGACGAUGAUCCUCAUCCUGGACGAGAUCGAUAUUCUUCUCAAGAACAACGGCAUCGAGAACGACCUGUGUAGACUCUUUGAGCUUGCUCACCGGCCUUCCAAUAGCUUCCUCCUCGUCGGCAUUGCAAACCAGGUGGACUUCACUGAGCGUCACUUGCCGUUGCUACAGCAACGACUGCCGAACUGUUCGCCACGGGUUGUCAUCUUUGAGCCGUACAGCCACCAUACUAUCGAGCAGAUUCUGACCGACCGUCUUGGAGGACAAACUGCGGCAGCGAAGAUGGUAAGUCCGCAUGGUAUCUCCUUCUUGGCUCGGAAGAUCGCGUCGACGACCGGAGAUAUCCGACUAGCAGUCGACACCUGUCGUCGCGUUCUGCAGCACAAGAUGGAACAAACCGGCAAGGAGAACUCGGAGAACCCGUCGGAGGAUGAAUUGGGACGCCCGCUGCCCCUUACGGACAUGCUGCGUAUCAUCAAGCACGCGUUGGAGUCCAAGAGUGCGCUAGUGAUCCGUUCACUGCCGCGCAACCUGCAGAUGAUUCUGUUCGCUUCUACUCGACUGCUCAUUGUGGCAGCAAACCGCGUUGCUGCGAAUGGAAACAAGAACACGCCGCUCUUGAGUGUCGACGAGCUGUACUCCUGUUACUGCGAGGUGAGCAAGGACGCAGGAGUCUUCAAGCCUUUGUCAGAACGCGACUUUAGGACCGCGCUGGACACACUGGGAGAGGAAGGCCUCAUCGCCGAGGCGGAGCUGAGGAAACACCUGAUCAAGCUUCUGUUCAGCACCAGCGAGCUGCUGCAGAGCUUCCGUAAGGACCCGUUCUUCUCGCGACUUGUAUAA